AUGAACAAUACUAGAAAUGUCGCCAGUAAUAUCCCAAGAAACUUGUCCGGAGAUUCGUGUAAAACCGAGAUGGAAGGGGUGGCGGAGAAAACGGUCUUUACCGUUGGCUAUACAGUGGUCAUCUUGGUGUCUCUUGUGGGCAACACUCUGCUUAUCAGCACGGUGAAAAGGAACAAUCGACUCCAUACUAUUACUUAUCGCCUGAUCAUAAACUUGGCCGCCGCGGAUAUACUAGUGACCUUUUGCAACAUGCCGGGAAGAUUAGCCAGGCAUAUAACAGGACGGUAUCACUGGUUUGACGGUAUACCGGGAAUUAUCGUCUGCAAGGCUGCAAGUUUUAUCUCUGAUUCAACGGUCUCCUGUUCCAUUUUAACACUGACGGCCAUCGCAUUCGAGCGUUUUUGUCUUGUUACAUUUCCUCUCAGGAAGAUUGUGACCAUCAAGAUCGCGAAGUUCAUGGUUGUUGCUAUCUGGUUGGCGUCCUUCCUCUCUGUAUCUCCGCUUCUGUACGCCAUGAGCGUCAGGGAAAUAAAUGGAGUUAUCUACUGUUACGAAGAUUGGUCGCCUUUGUUUCACCAGGAAACAGCUGCAAAGGUGUACACAGUAAUUAUGUUUGUGUUCCUCUACGCUUUACCUCUGCUGAUCAUCUGUGUUUUCUACUCUUGCGUUGUUUAUAAAGUAUGGAUCCGGCCGGUACCAAUGGCCUGUCGCUCAAACAGAGCCGUAGAGUUAGACGCACGGAAAAAUGUCCUCAAAAUGCUUAUUAUUGUGGUUGUGGUCUUCACAUUGUGUUGGCUUCCUUUACACAUUGCAUUUUUUCUUUACUUUUUUCAAGUGCAUGAAUAUCUCUGCGGAAUUCCCCAAGGAGGAUUUAGCAUCGGGUCUGUUGGGCUCUUCCUCAGCCACGCAACAUCUGCAAUCAACCCGUGUUUGUACGUGGCAUUCAACAAGGAUAUUCGGAAGGGAUUUCGAAACAUAUUGCUGUCAUGUUGGUACACCUGUGUUAGGUGUUGCCGUAAAUAA